ACAUAUAGUCUCCACACCACUAUAAAUAAAUACAUAGCACACAUUAAUUUUUCACCCAAACAAUUCUUCAAUUCUUCCCAUAAUAUAAUUAUUUUCUAACCAUUCAAAAAAAAUGAACACAUUGCCACAUUUUCUUGUUAUACCCUUUCCAGUUCAAGGACAUGUCAACCCUCUUAUGCAACUCUCACAAGUUCUAACCAAACAUGGUUGCAAGGUCACAUUUCUACACACUGAGUUCAACCAUAACCGAUCGAAAACCGGUGGUUCGGCUUCCGGUCUAGACAAGAUAAAUGUGGUGACACUUCCAGAUGGUUUGGAGCAUGAAGAUGUUAGAAGUGAUAUGAAGAAAAUUACAUUAUCAAUUAAAAGUACCAUGCCUAGUAGACUUCCAAAGCUUAUAGAAGAUGUUAAUGCUUUGGAUGUUAACAAAAAUAAUAAGAUUAAUUGUAUUAUUGUUAGCUUUAGUAUGAGUUGGGCCUUGGAAGUGGGACACAAAUUGGGAAUCAAAGGGGCUUUGUUUCAUCCAGCUUCUGCUACUUGUUUGGCAUGUGGUGUAUGCAUGCCAAAAUUGAUUGAGGAUGGGAUUGUUGACUCUGAAGGAAAUCCUACCCAAGAAAUUCAAAUUGCUCCCGACAUACCUAUGAUGGACGCAACAAAUAUUCCAUGGCAUGGUUUAGACAAGAUUUUCUUUGAUCAUAUUCUCCAAGAGAUACAAACUAUAAACCUAGCUGAAUGGUGGCUUUGCAACACUACUCAUGAACUUGAGCCAGGUGUUUUUUCCAUAUCACAAAAAUUUCUACCAAUUGGUCCAUUGAUCGAAAGUAACAACAACAAAAAUUCAUUGUGGCAAGAAGACACAACAUGUUUAGAUUGGUUAGACAAGCAAAAACCUCAAUCUGUCAUAUAUGUUUCUUUUGGUAGUUUAGUAGUAAUGGACCAAAACCAGUUUAAUGAACUAGCCCUAGGACUAGAUUUUCUUGACAAACCUUUUCUUUGGGUUGUUCGUCCUAGUAACGACAACAAGGUAAACUAUACAUACCCUAAUGAUUUUCAUGGAAGUAAAGGUAAAAUUGUUGGUUGGGCACCACAAAGAAAAAUAUUAAACCAUUCAUCCAUUGCUUGUUUUAUAAGUCAUUGUGGUUGGAAUUCUACCAUAGAAGGUGUACAUGCUGGUGUACCCUUUUUGUGUUGGCCAUUUUUGACUGAUCAAUUUCUUAAUAAGUCUUAUAUUUGUGAUGUGUGGAAGAUUGGACUUGAAUUAGAGAAGGAUGAUAAGGGGUUUAUAUCAAGGCAAGAGAUAAUUAAGAAGGUGAAUCAAGUAGUUGGUGAUGAUGAUAUAGAGGAAAUGUGUUUGAAAAUUCAAAAAAUGACAAUUAAUAGUAUAGUUGAAGGUGGCCAGUCAUCAAAUAAUCUUCAAAAGUUUAUUAGUUGGGCAAAUAAUUAAUGUUCUUAUGAUGUUUUUCUUUUGUUUAGAAAGAGUGGUGUUCUCUUAUGAUGGUGAAACAUAAUGAAUAAUAUUAUCAGCUGACAUUUAUUUAAGUUAAGUAGUAUGUAAUAAACAUUUUUUAUAAUUGGUUUAAAGUUAAUGUUCUUAUUUUCAUGUAUUAAAAAAAAAUGGAGCCCAACUGUACUAUAAUCAAUAUAAAGUAGCCCCUCAACUCUCUAUCUUUUAUGUUGGAUGGAGGAAUAGGUAGAUCUUGUCAUUACACUCAGCAUGCCAUCAAUCAUCAUAAAAAAUGCUCAAGGAAUUAGAAUGAAAAACUGGACUAGUUUUUCUCUCUGCUUUUCUUCUGACAUGUAUAUCUGUGAUAUAU